AUGGAUGAAAUCACUAUUGGCUCAUGGGAUCACUCGCCGUCCCUUCCUAUUCCUCUCGACAUACUUUUCGAUAUAAUUCAGCAUCUUCCUAUCCAAAGUGUCCUGGCACUACGGCAGGCUAGUAAAAGUUUUUAUGCUAUCACCCGUCUGCGCAGUCUCUGGGCUCUGCUUCUGCGGACUCUUGUCCACGAACAAAACAUCCCUAUACCCUACUUCGAUGGAAAAUCCCUCGACUUUUUGUCAGCCUUGGAGCUCGAGCGGCUUACAUGUUGCGCACUCGCUCUUCGCAGCAACUGGACCAACCCUGAUCCGGAUGCGAAGAGAGAAGUUGAUUUUUACAAGCCCACCGAGCCAGAUUCGCGCAUCAUUUUCAUGGAGUUUCUCCCUGGCAGAGGAAAUCGCUGGCUGAUUUCCGUCACGAUGACUGCGCAACCCAGAAAAUACGUUAUCCAGUGCUGGGACGUUGCUGUCCUACAACCCGUCUGCAUAGCAGAGCUGACACACAUGGAGGGGCCAUAUGGCGGUAUUGUUAUCAAUGACGAUCCCUCUUCUCCAGCCAUCAUAGCGAUGCAGUCGGCACUAACGGAGAUACUCACCAUCGACUUCGAAGAAGAUGACCCCGAGUCAGCAUUCGUUCCGCUGAAUGCCAUUGACGGAAUUAGAGAGAUUCACCUACUCAGUGGGAAUACUCUCGUCACUCGGCGUCCAGAAAACGGCGGAGAAGUGAGCAUAUGGGACAUCAGCGAUCAGCCUUGCGAAAAAAUCCAGCUGGUGAACCCCUCACUAUUACAGAACGAUCGCUGCCAAGCAAUGCAUCUUUGCGACGAUUACAUGGUAAUCGUCCGCCAACAGACUGUCGAGCUCUACUCGACCAUUCCCCGACCCAACAUCAUUGCAAUGCCAGGAGCACCAAUCUCCUACCCACUCGCACAGCACACCUUCCAAUGGCCCACAGAGACCGUCAAUAUGUCAAAGCAAGUCAGCUGGCCUGCUGCGCGUUCCCACCGCCCCUCGCCGAUCAACAUCGUCGUUCGAUUUGGAAGCAUCUACCCUUGGCCGGUGAACAUGUUGCAUCAUUUUGUGCUUAACCCAAAUCCCGCGUACUUCCCAGGGCGGGAGACUUCUCUAUACAACCUUCCAUACUUGGUGCAGCCCUCUCCAGUGCAGACAAUAGGCUCUCCAGUGCGUUUGUUUGCUCCGUCGUCCGUUGCUCUCGGACGAUAUGGUACUGUUCUCUGGCUUGAUAGCCAUACCGAAGACUGGGCAGGGCCUAGCGACUGCGGUCAGCGACUUGCAGGACGGAUACUGACAGCUACGGGAGGAUUCCCGACUAGUCAGCAUGGCUCACAUGAUUCCAUGGUAUUUCGUGUACGAGACGACGACCAGUGGAACAAAGUGGCAGUUGAUGAGGAGUCUGGGAGAAUUGCAGUUGGCUAUGUGAACGGUUCGAUAACGCUCUUCGAAUAUUCUUAA